GAAGAAGAAGAAGAGGCGGCGGCGGCGGGGGAUGCACACGGGGACCGCGCGGGCCUCGACGACCCCUGACCCCGGCAGGAGCUCGGCGCGCCCCGAGGGCCCCAAGUGUUGGGUGAGGGAGCGGGCCUUGGGGCCCCUGGGGCCCCAGUGGCGGGUGAGGAAGCGGCCCCUGGGGCCAAGUGGCGGAAUGCUCGGAGGGGCACAAGACGAGAAGUUGGGCAGCGUGAUGGGUGACGAGACCGACGGUCACGAUGGGGACACCGAUGAGGAUGAGAGGCAAGGAGGAGGGGACGAAGACUCGGACCACGACAGCAUCUCCCACGUCAUCCUGGGGACAAAACGGAAGCGCACCCCGCCCCUGCACUCCAGCAGUUCCUCGGACACGGACCACGAUCUGUUCAUCACCCAGCUGCCGGUGUUGAGGAAGAGAGCGCCCCCGCACGAACUCGGGGAGGGGAGCUCCAGUGCGUCACAUGAGGGGGACGUCUGCGGCACCGGCGACGCGGAUGGGACGUCUACUGGGGAGGAGGCCCCACGUGACAAAUUUUCCUCGGACACGGACCACGAUCUGUUCAUCACCCAGCUGCCGGUGUUGAGGAAGAGAGCGCCCCCGCACGAACUCGGAGAGGGGAGCUCCAGUGCGUCACAUGAGGGGGACGUCUGCGGCACCGGCGACGCGGAUGGGACGUCUACUGGGGAGGAGGCCCCACGUGACAAAUUGAAAGGACAGGUGGAGGAGGAGCUGUAUCAUCGCCAUCAGAACAAGAGCCGUACCCCAAAGGGGCCAAAACAGUGCGGAGCACGCCCGUCCUCUCCCAAGGCUCGGCAUCUGCCUCAGCCUCUCAUCCAACAGUACCAGGGGGCGGCCGUCUGGGGGUUGCUCGCCUGCAGCAAGCAGCUGAAGCAGCAGCACUGGAGCAAGUACAUCCAGCGGAUAUGCAACGGAACGCGCGUGAAGACCCUCACCGAGAGCGAAGAGAAUGUCUUUCUGGUCAACUCCUUCGAGGCCUUAGUCGAGGACACGGAUGAAAAUGUCAGGAAAGAGAUGUGCGGUGAAGGUGGAGUGGAUGACACUGAUCGUGUGGAGAUCAGAGUGGUGGACCCCAACUCGUUUAUACUGAACGUUGUCUCGGAUGCGGAUCCGGCUCUGACCGCAAAGUCUAAAGCCAAGACGGUGACUGCAUCACAGACGGGCAGAGCAAAGCCCAACAAGAAGAGGAAAAGGCCAAGGGAGAAACGGAAGCAAAAGACCUGAGGAAAUAAUCGAAGCACCGACGUCUAAUGUGGAGUGCGUACAAUUGCAAGAUGUGGCGCGGGUUUCCGUGUACGAAGAAUGGAGCCUUGCAGCACAGGCAACCAUUGCUGCAGGAGCAAACAUUGAUUGGAGCGCCUGCAAUUCGCAAAAUCACACAGGCAGCUUCCAGCCUGGGGCAGCCUCACUGUAGUAUGGUGCUGUAGUGUCAUAGCCCCACCUCCACGCCCGGCAUGGGGUGUUUACCGAAUGUCGUGCAAAUAUAUGAGCUAGUACUGUGUAUCUUAAGUCCACCUCCGAUAAGCAGGGUUGGCUACGUGCGGUGCGAUAGAAGUUCAACAUACACUCCCUCGAAUUUGUACGGCUGAUGUGCAACUGUAUAGAUUAUGCUGUGGUAAAUUACCACAGCAAGUCGUGUGGAACUGGAAUGAGUGGCGGGGAUGCGCUGGUGUAUGCCGCUGUGCCGGACUGACACCAGAACCCCGAAUGUGUCCCGGUACUUUUCAGAACGGUUCCUAUUCCUUCACUACGGUGUUUUGGCCGAAGGAAAACGGCAGUGAACAUGGGUUGCAGAAGGAAUAGGUUUUAUAGCGGCACUUGUGCAUUUACAUUGUGACCACCGACUGCGAAAACCUGUAUUUAAUAGGGUACAUUGAAGCUGGAAACAAUGAUUUUUUAAAAAGUACACUCACAAUAAUAGUGCAUUUAUCAUCGCCCAAGGUGGGGGAGAUACAUGUAUUAUAAUGUUAAAUAAAUUUAUAGACAUACUGUACGUAUGAAUUUUUCAUGGUCUUUGCAUAAAAGGGGAUAAUUUCUUAGAUACAUAACAGUCAGGCAGGCAUAAGCUAACAAAAAAUACGACUGUGUGUAAAGCUGAUCGCAAUAAAAGCUCAACAGCUGAAUAGGCUAUUGAGCAAAACAAUGUGAUAAAUCUUUCACAAAACAAGACACGUGGUGUCUGUCGGGACUGCCUGAUCACCAAAGCAGGUCCAACCGCACAGCCGCUGUGGAUUUAGCACAACCGUCAUGCAAAUUGGCCCUCUCGUGCUGUUGGUAGGGCUUUAGUUUAACACAUAGGCUGUCGCGACCGAUAUCCAAAAUAGAGGUUUUUUUGGGUUUGAUCGCGUAAAUAUAUACAUGUGUAGGUCUUUAAUCAAUAUUUAAGUAAUACUCAUGAACCUUUACCAUCAAUCUUAACUUUGGAGCUUUCGUGACUGCAGGAAUUAUUCUUUGGUUCUAAAUCGACAAAGUGUGCUUCGCGUUUGAGCUAACUCCUGUGUUUGGACGUGCAGGACUGGGGUCCGAGUAUACCUUUGUUAGGAUCGAUUCAGCCCUCGCGAAAUGUGAUUUUUGUUCAGUUAGUACAUGGAUUGUAGUCUGUUUACAAGCUAGGUUCAUGAGAGCGCUUCCAACCCGAUCGCUGUUCGUGCCUCAUGCAGCCCCAGGCCUUUGGGUGAUAAUGCAUUUUUUUAUUGUGCCGUCAAAAACUGGAAACAACUUUUAUGUAAAUUUCGGAGGAAGGUAAUAACUAAUAACCAGUAGAAAACACAUUAAUAUUUCAUGCAGGUUACAGGCGAUUUAUACUGCCACGAUUAGUUGUGUGUGCCAAGUCUUAUUGCUUAAACAUUUCAACGGAUGGUGCUGAUUAACUGUACUUAAAUGAAUAGGGUAAACAAUACAAUAGUACAUUUGUUUUAACACCUAUCAGCUCAAGGGCCUUACAAAACACUUGCGAAGUUGACAUUUGUGAUUGCAGGGCUUAUUGUGAGAUGCGUAUGGACAGAGAUGUGAAGAAAAUCCAUCAUCAAUGUUUAGUGUCUCUUGUUAGUAUCCACGGUUUCAUGAGGCAAUAUAAAAAAUAGGUUAAUACGACUUUCGAUUAAAACACGUUUUACAAAAUACCACAUCGCAAUCAGCCAUCAUCAAUCUUUGUAUUUGGUUAUAAUUUGCAGAGUACUGAGAAAUAUAUUUUUACACUAAUUUGCAUCAACAUUUUCAUCAAAGCUGUUUAGCAACUGCCUAACUGUCUUUAUUAUAAGAAUCUGAUUUCUGUUCGAGGCGCCGUGUGUCGCCACUACUCAAUGGGUGGUUGUUCUCCCAGAGCCCUUGCCACGAGUGCCACACACACAGGGCUGCUUGCAGGUUCCCUGAUUGUAAUGAGGGCCCUGACAUGACCAACAUUUGCCACCACAAAUCUGACAGGACUGACAAUGCACCAGGGCUUCGGGUACAGUCUGGCAGACCACACUGCACAUUAGCAAAUCCAUUCUGAGCCCAGUGCUGGAUGAAGAGCGUGCUCUGUGAUGUGGCUAGCGACUAUCUGAUGUUGACACUGACCUCCAUCAGCCAUCGCGAUAACGGGCAAGAGUUUCCAUGAAGAGGAAUCACUAAUUCCAUCAAAUUUCGUUUGCGUGUGUUUAACAGCCACUGGUUCCGGAAUGCGUACUGUGAUUUGAGUGUUCCUGAUUAUUACUGGAUAGAAUCGAUCACGUGUAGCUUGUCAACUCAAAAGUAUUCACGGAUUCCUAAAUAAUCUGAAAAUAUAAAGCAUUUUAAUCCUGAUUUAAAGCUUUCGUGACUGCAGGGAUUCAUAUUCUUGGUUCUUUCGGUAAAGUCAUCACACCUGAUGACGAUUGAUUGUGUUGCAGUCGAAACGUGAGAAUUUUUAUUGUUUUAUAUUUAUAUUAUUUCCCUUCUACGUGACUUUACCGAAAGAAUCAAGAAUAUAAUUUUAAUCCUGUUUGCAAAUGUCACACGUGCAUUUGAAGGGCGCACAUUAUUGCUUGUGCCGAUUGUUAUUACCGAUUUUACUUUCAAUAAACAACACUUUAUUUGAACCAAAACUAGACUCGGAAAUGAAGGUCCAAGUAAAGACUUGUGUGUCCAAAUGAUGUGCUUGCCAAACCUCCAAACGUGAUUCCACGUAAGGCCCUGUCACAUGGCGACUAUUUAGAUAAUAAGUAUUAUAAUUUUUUUCUACCUACGUGACUUUACCGAAAGAACCAAAGAGCAUGGAUUCCUGCGGUCACGAAAGCUUUAAAUCAAGAUUGAAGUAUUUAAUUGUGUGCCCUACUUCAUAUCCCCGUAUGGGGGUCUAAACGAUCAUCCACACGCGGAUGAUCGCUAAUUAGUUUUGUCGUUAAUCUCAGGACAAAUCAGAACACUAGCAUAAGUACACAACACU